GCCUCAUUGCGUUACUUACCUCGACUCUUAGUUGUCGGGAACGGUAACCGGGACCCGGUGUCUGCUUCUAUCACCCUCGCCUUCUAACCCGUAGCUAUCAUGCGUGAGUGCAUCUCCAUCCACGUCGGCCAGGCUGGUGUCCAGAUCGGCAAUGCCUGCUGGGAGCUCUACUGCCUGGAACAUGGCAUCCAGCCUGAUGGCCAGAUGCCAAGCGACAAGACCAUUGGGGGAGGAGAUGACUCCUUCAACACCUUCUUCAGUGAGACAGGAGCUGGCAAGCACGUGCCCCGGGCGGUGUUCGUAGACCUGGAACCCACAGUUAUUGAUGAAGUUCGCACUGGCACCUACCGCCAGCUCUUCCACCCAGAGCAGCUCAUCACAGGCAAGGAAGAUGCUGCCAAUAACUAUGCCCGUGGCCACUACACCAUUGGCAAGGAGAUCAUUGACCUUGUCUUGGACAGAAUUCGCAAGCUGGCUGACCAGUGCACGGGUCUCCAGGGCUUCUUGGUUUUCCACAGCUUUGGUGGGGGAACUGGCUCUGGGUUCACCUCCCUGCUGAUGGAGAGGCUCUCUGUCGACUACGGAAAGAAGUCCAAGCUGGAGUUCUCCAUUUACCCAGCCCCCCAGGUUUCCACUGCUGUGGUUGAGCCCUACAAUUCCAUCCUCACCACCCACACCACCCUGGAGCACUCUGAUUGUGCCUUCAUGGUAGACAAUGAGGCCAUCUAUGACAUCUGUCGUAGAAACCUCGACAUUGAGCGCCCAACCUACACUAACCUUAACCGCCUUAUUAGCCAGAUUGUGUCUUCCAUCACUGCUUCCCUCAGAUUUGAUGGGGCCCUGAAUGUUGAUCUGACAGAAUUCCAGACCAACCUGGUGCCCUACCCUCGCAUCCACUUCCCUCUGGCCACUUAUGCCCCUGUCAUCUCUGCUGAGAAAGCCUACCAUGAACAGCUUUCUGUAGCAGAGAUCACCAAUGCCUGCUUUGAGCCAGCCAACCAGAUGGUGAAAUGUGACCCUCGCCAUGGUAAAUACAUGGCUUGCUGCCUGCUGUACCGUGGUGAUGUGGUCCCCAAAGAUGUCAAUGCUGCCAUUGCCACCAUCAAGACCAAGCGCAGCAUCCAGUUUGUGGACUGGUGCCCCACUGGCUUCAAGGUUGGCAUUAAUUACCAGCCUCCCACUGUGGUACCUGGUGGCGACCUGGCCAAGGUCCAGAGAGCUGUGUGUAUGCUGAGCAACACCACAGCCAUUGCUGAGGCUUGGGCUCGCCUGGAUCACAAGUUUGAUCUGAUGUAUGCCAAGCGUGCCUUUGUGCACUGGUAUGUGGGUGAGGGCAUGGAGGAGGGAGAGUUCUCUGAAGCCCGUGAGGACAUGGCUGCCCUAGAGAAGGAUUAUGAGGAGGUUGGUGUGGAUUCUGUGGAGGGUGAGGGUGAGGAAGAAGGAGAGGAAUACUAGUUCAUUCCUGCAGUCCCUGUAUCAUGUCAAACUCAACUCCAGCUCCAGCACUAGCUGCAGGCAUCGAUGCUUCUAUGCUGUUUCCCUUCUGUGAUCAUGUCUUCUCCAUGUGUACCUCUUAAGUUUCCCAUGACGUCUCAAAGUAAAAGCUUUAAGAAAAGAAUU